AAAUAUAUUGUAAAAUCUAAGCUACUUAAUUAAUUAAAAGCGCCGAGCACAAGCUUAGCAUGGAAUUUUCGCAACAAAUUGAAGUGCGUUACGAAUUGGCAUAAAACCAAUAAGCGAAUUCCCCUUAAAAAGCAUUGUUACACAAAAAGGUGAUAUACAAUUUAAUCAGCAGAAACGCUAGUCGAGACAUAUGCUUACGAUGUCGUAAUGGAGUCACCACUAUAUCCCAAGGUCAACAACAAUCUGAGUGCCAAGGUCUCGCCCGGCGGUGGCGGUGACAAGAUGAGCCUCAGUAUGAAUACCAGUUGUAGUUUAGAGGAGGACACAACACCCAGUGACUCGGGCGUCCAAAUGCUGGAUAGCGAGAAUAGCGACAUAAUGCUGGAAUCUCUCUGCUCUCAGUCGGGCCUGGAGUUCGAAGAGCCAGUGAAGACACAGAUUUUGCCUAUCAGUCAACCAAUCGAUGGAAAUUCGAAUGUUGCUGCCGAAGACAACAUGACAGCCAGCGCCUGUUCGACCUUUGACACUGCUGAAAAGAUCGUGUACAGGCGCAAAGUACACAAAACAUCAUCCACGCCCAAGGCGCCCAAGAAGCGCGUCUCAUUCCACGAAGACAUCUUAAAGAACACACGCACUGACAACAUACACAUAGAGCAUGGCUUUAUCACAUACAAAAACGGACGCAAAUUGGCCGUGAUGGGUGGCAAUUCAGCAGGCGUGGCUGGUGCCGCUGGUCGCUAUUCCUGGUGUGCCGAACGGGACCGCGUGCAGGCGCCCACAGAACUGAGCGCUGCUGGCCGGGAUGCAGGAGAACGAGAAGCCGGCAACGGUGCUGUGGGUCACAAUCGUCGUCUGGUUUAUCGCAACGCCUGUUCGGAUGUCCUAGACUAUGGCAAUACGGACAUCUAUGACACUAAUGAACCGGUUGGAUUGCAAUAUGACAAUUCCGGCGUCUUUGAGUAUGGGCCGAGGGCGGCGGAUACUAAUCGCCGGGAUGAUCGUUUGCUCUAUCGCUGCGCCUGUAGCAGCUCCAAUUCGAGCCUGGACUCGGAUGAGCAGGACAAGAACUCGAACAGCAACUCCAAUACCAAUCGCAAACAAUAUGAGCAGGCCAAAAGCAGCUCCUGCGAUUGCAUUGGCAUGAGCAAUGCCAACAAUAACUUAAUUGGCGACAACUGUUACUACUCAGAGCCAAAUAUUGGGGAUGCCGGCAGCCCCAAGCAGAAGUCUGUCUGGAACAAGGAGAAGAAGCCCAAGUCCAGCUGCCUGAAGAAAACCAAACGUCACACAAAUAUUAUUCACGAGCAGGAUCUCAAUGAGCGCGUCAAGAAGUUCAAUGUGCACGACAUAAAACAUCAGCUGCUCGACAAUAGCAGCAAAAUGAUAUUCGGAUCGCUGAAGAGCAUCUUCACGAUGCCUCUGCCCGAACGUGGUGUGCCCGAGGGCUCUGAGGACUUGCAAUCGGUGGUUGAGUGCGUGCCGGAGCUGGAGCAAACGCCCGAGCACAAGCCGAAGGUAUAUGCGCAAUGCGAGUCGCCCGACUCUCCACCGGUCAAGGCCAAACCCUUUCUAAGCAAGAGCCUGGAUGGCACUAAACAGACGCAGAGUGUCAAGAAAUUCGUGCACAAUGUUGACGAGCAGCUGCGACGUAAAAACGAUGAGCAAAACAGCUCAGCCGAGGCGUCACCCCUAGAGCAGCAACCACAUGUGCUGCGACGCCAAGAUGAGUUUGAUAAUGAACCAGUCGUUGCGGCACCAAUUGUCACCAGCACACAGAACGAAUUCCGCAGCAAGUUUAUCAUCAACUGCGAGAGCACAGUCUUUGAGCACACAGGCGUCUCCUACGAGACCAGCAGCGAGCCGCAACAGGAGUCGGAGCUGCAGCUAUCCACCACACAGCAUAAUAGCGUGGCCGGUCUAUUGGAGCGGGACACACCCAUUGCACAGCCAGCGAGUCAGCUGCGCAGUUCGUUUAUGGGCGCACCCAUAGCCAAGACAUUUAGCAACUUCUUUCGCAGUCUCAAGGAGAACUCCAGCAGUGCGGCAACUGUGGACAAGGAGCUGCAACAGAAGCGGAAGRUUGAAGAGCAGCAGCAGCAACUUGCAGCCACAGAUAGUUACUUUGCUUCAAAAAUGUCAAAAACGCCACAGCAGUCGCAUCAGCCGCAGCAGCAGCAGCAACAGCAACAGUAUCAGCCUCUUAGCACCAAGAUGCCCACUACUCAAUCCUCAUCCACCAUAUCUGAGCUUAGCUCAAUCAGCAACAAUACCAACAGCAAUUCCACAUCGUGCACUAAACCACAAACUCCUAACACAAACAAUAUCCAUGGUUUGAUGUUGGGCAACGUGGAGCGUCAGUCGCGUCAUUUGCCAUCGCCCUUAAAGAAGCGAAGCGGACAGCCGCCACGCUAUGGCGAGCCACCUCAGCAGCAGCAGCAGUCGAUGCACAGUCGCAGCCUGCACAGUCCGAGUAGCUAUUUGGGCAGUGGAAGAGGUGGUGCGGCAGUUGGCGGAAGUGGACGUGACUCGAAGAGCACUAUACUCAGUGAGGAGUUCGAUGAUAUACUGACCAUAACCACCACCACGGAUACGGCCAAUGAGCGACCUUCCACAGAGAGCGAUCUCGUUAUUGUGGACUACAAUGACGUGGACUAUGCGCAGCUCCUGAAACCGCCUGUGCCGCCAGCUAAAACUUCGCUGAUCAAUCGCUUUCUGCGUAAUGUGACCCAGAAGAAAAUCCUCGAAUCCUCCAUACGAAAAAAUGACUUCUUUGCCGACAAACUGCGUAGCGAGCAUAAGCAUCUUGGUUCCAAUCUCUAUGUGCGCGGUGUGCGGCCCAAGAAUUAUGAACUCAUCGACGAUUUGAAUGCAGAGAUUGCCAUGGAGAUAGAAAUGUCUGGCGCCAAUUCGCCGCGACGCGAACUGGCUGUGGGCAUGGAUCCGGAUUUACCGGGAGAUGUCUCUCGCUUCGAAUUGGGCAUUGGCGAAAUAUCCAUUGAUAUAUUCAAUGGCAAGCACUUGCCUAUGCUCCGUGAACCCAAUGAGCAGCUGUUGAAGGUCUUCAAGCUGUAUACGGGCUACAGUCGCGAGGGCUUCAUGACGCCGGUCUUGGUACUGCUCACGGAUAAGACGCUGUAUGUAACAGAUCUGGUGCGAAAUUGUCUGUGUGCUAAGUUUGUGCUCGCCUACAAGGAACUGGAUGUCAUAUUGAUGGGCCCCUUCGGUAAUACGGUGCUACUUAGCAACAGUAUGCGGGAUAUGCAGCAGGUGCUGCUAGCCGGCGGCCCAUAUCCAGCGGAUGCACUGGUUGCCAAUCUGGAGCUGUGUGCUCGUCGUAGUGGCUCAACGUUGCCCGCUGUAGGACAAUUGACGCUGGAGCAUCUGGCACCGUUGCAGGCUUUUGUUCGUGCAAACAGCUGUGUGAGCAAAGAUGAACGCUGGAUGUUCUAUGCGGUAGUCAAUAUGCCAGCUGGCGGUGCCCUGGGCCGGGGCUUGGAUGGUGAACAGGAGCCGUUGGGACCGCACAUCAAGGGCUUUCUCAUGCAUCGACGGGUGCGAGAGACGGCCACAGCGAACGCUGCGGCUAAGAUAAGCUGGCAGCCGGGGUACUUUUUGCUAAAAGCUGGUGUGCUGUACAUGUUCCAUGACUCCACACAAAAGUUGCCCAGCUGGGCCAUGGCCUUGGCCGAGUGCCAGGGCGCAAGGCGAGCGGUCAAAUCAGCGCGUCCGCAUUGUUUUGAGAUUAUGCUGAAAGGCGAACUAUUGCAAAUGGCUGCACCGGAUGAGUAUGUGGCCUCCGAGUGGCUGCAGGCGCUGCUGCAGUCAGCAAGUGGUCUCUUCGAGCUACAGGAGCGACACAAGGCGUUGGGCUGCACUUUGAUCGUUACCCAGAAUCAUUUGAUUACGCUACGCGAGGACUUUACGGCCCCCUUGCGACAGCUGAACAGCCAAUCGGAAACACCGCCAGCUGCUGCAGAACAAAAGCAACUGCUACGGGAUGAGGAAAUGUUGUGCAUCUUCGAAACCAGCAGCUUGCUGAGCUCUACCAUGAGCACACCCACACGUGGCACACAACAGUCCUGUUCCUCGCUUAACUCUACACCCACCAAGCAAUCGGUGGACACUUCCAAAGCUGUACCAAGGGGACAAUCGCAUAAUAUGAGCAGUGUUUACGGCAAAAACUCGGGCUUGGAAAUACUUACUUGUGCUGACAUAAAGGCAAUGACAGGCAUUAAAAUACCCUCGCAUAGUGAGACAUGGUGGUGCAUACUAGAGUUCUCCUGUCAGGAGGCGCCUCUAGAAUGUCUAGAUGAUUUGGUUAUAUUCUUUGCAAGUAGCGCGGAAAUGCAACGCUUCUUACGACUGCUCGAGCAGCUAUGGCAGGCCAAAAAUAAUGAUCUCUUCCCUAUAACUAUAUUGGACGACGAUGAAACGAUCGCUGAACAGUGCACAAUGCUAUAUUUGGAUAUAAAUCGCGCUUGGGAGCCACUAUUAUCAGCUGCCCUUGGUUAUCCGCUAUAAGCCGUGCUACUAUAUACAUUUAAUAUAUCCACAUAAACAAAAAAUUUGCUAGCUCUGCGCAACUAGAAGUCAAUGCUUAAUUAAUUGUAAUACUCGAGCAUAUUUGCUGAAAAACCAACAAACAGAACAUAU